AUGUUUGGACAUCUAAAACCUUACAUGGAGUCCAAUGUUCAUCGGUCUCAUUGUUUCGAUAUUCUUGAAGGAAUGCCAUUACAAGACGAUCAUUUCAACUCGGCAUUCCUACCAAACACCAACUUCCAUGUCCAAUUACAGUCAGUAUCCCAAAACUUAUCGAACCGCAACAACAGUCACUCUCACUUAGACCCAAAUGACGAAAACAUGUACCAUAACGAGGGUCUUACGCCAGACGAAAGAAGGGCAAGAAGAAUGGUCUCUAACAGGGAAUCUGCAAGAAGGUCGCGUAUGCGCAAGAAGAAGCAGAUCGAAGAGUUGCAACAACAAGUGGAACAGCUCAUGAUGUUGAAUCAUCACUUGUCUGAGAAAGUCAUCAAUUUGUUGGAAAGUAAUCACCAGGUCUUGCAAGAGAACUCACAGCUGAAAGAGAAAGUCACUUACUUUCAAUUAGUCAUGGCAGAUAUGCUAUUACCCAUGAGAAAUGUCGAGAGCAGCAACAAUGACCGCAGUGCGGAUCAUCUACGAGGAGAAACAUCGAACCGGACCAACAAUCUCUUUGGUAAGUAA